AUGGCGGUGGUUGUGGCCACCAUGGUGGUUGAACCACUGGUCAAAAUCAUCGUGGAGAAGGCAUCCAACAACCUCCUCGACCAGUACAAAGUGAUGAAGGGCAUGGAGAAGCAGCGUGAUAUCCUGAACCGCAGCUUGUUAGCCAUCUUGGACGUCAUCACUGUCGCCGAGCAGGCGGCAUCGCACAAAGAAGGUGUCAAGGCUUGGCUCGAGGCCAUCAAGAAAGUAGCUUACCAGGCGAAUAAAGUCUUUGAUGAGUUCAAGUACGAGGUGCUUCGUCGCGAAGCCAAGAGGAAUGGACAAUACAAGGAGCUUGGCUUCGAUGUGGUAAAACUCUUUCCCACUCACAACCGUUUCAUAUUCCGUAACAGGAUGGGAAGAAAGCUCUGGAAAAUUGUGAAGGCCAUCGAGGUCCUUGUGACUGAAAUGAGUACCUUUCACUUUCAGCGUCAACAACAACCCCCUGUAUCCAACCAGUGGCGAGAGACGGAUCAUGAUAUCUUUGAUCUAAAGGAAAUCACCAAUCAAUCCAGAGCCAAAGAUAAUAAAAAUAUUGUUGACAUACUAGUUGGCCAAGCUAACAAUCCAUUUCUCACAGUUGUUCCCAUCGUUGGAAUGGGGGGUCUGGGCAAGACCACAUUAGCACAGCUUGUUUAUAAUGAACCUGAAAUUCAGAAGCACUUCGAUUUUCUGGUAUGGGUGGGUGUCUCUGAUGCCUUUGAUGUGGAUUCUCUAGCUAAAAGUAUAAUUGAGGCAGUUCCCGAGAAGAAGGUUGGUAGAGAAGCAACUCAUAGUAAGACACCGCUAGAUAGCCUUCAAAAUGUUGUGACUGGGCAAAGGUACCUCCUUGUGUUGGAUGAUAUCUGGAAACAACAGGUUCAUAUCUGGGAACAUCUCAUAGCCCGACUUCAACAUGGUGGCAGGGGUAGUGUGGUCUUGACUACAACUCGUGAUGAAGGAAUGGCUGAAAUAUUGGGCACUACUGAAGCUUAUAAUCUCGCAGCUUUGGACGAUACAUUUAUCAAAGAAAUCAUCGAGACAAGAGCAUUCAGCCAUUUGCACAAGGAAGAGCAAAGGCCUGCUGUGUUGGUGAAUAUGGUUGGUGAGAUUGUCAAGAGAUGUGUUGGUUCUCCUUUAGCUGCAGCAGCACUGGGCUUUGUACUCCGCACCAAGACCAGUGAGGAAGAAUGGAAAGCUAUUUCAAGCAGAAGCAACAUUUACACCGAGGAGUCUGGAAUCUUACCAGUACUCAAACUCAGCUACAAUGUGUUGCCGUCGCGUAUGAAACAAUGCUUUGCCUUUUGUGCUAUAUUCCCCAAAGGCUACGUGAUUGAUGUGGACAAGCUAAUUCAACUAUGGAUUGCACAUGGGUUUAUUGUCCAAGAAAAUCAAGUUUGUCUUGAAACUGUUGGCAAACAAAUAUUUAGAGAGCUAGCUUCAAGGUCAUUCUUCCAGAAUGUGAAACAAGUCAAAGGCACAGUCCGGGAAACUGAACACAUGGGGGUUUGUUAUUCCAUUACUACAUGUCAAAUUUAUGAUCUUAUGCAUGAUGUUGCAAUGUCUGUAAUGGAAAAGGAAUGUGCCUUCGCAACCGAGGAACCAAGCAUGCUUAAAUCUGUUGUCGUGACCAAGGAACGAAGUCAGAGUGAAUGGCUUCCAAACACUGCUCGGAAAUUAUUUCUGUCAUGCCAGAAACCCGAAAGAAAAUUGAAUAGAUCUCUGAAGAACAGCUCUGCAACUAUUCAAACACUUAUGUGUGAUAUCCCUCUGAGUAGUUCAUUGCAGCAUCAAUCGAAAUACAGCUCUUUACAAGCAUUACAGCUCCGUUUACAUAUACCAUCAUUUCCUCUGAAUCCAAACCAUCUACAUGUCUUGAGAUACUUAGAUCUCUCAAGAAGUUCUAUCAGAGCAGUUCCUGAAGAUAUGAGUACUCUAUACAACCUGCAAACGCUGAACCUCUCUGGCUGCAAAUUGCUUGGUGGACUUCCAAGACAAAUGAAGUAUAUGACUGCCCUUCGACACGUUUACACACAAUGUUGUCCAGCGCUGAAGAGCAUGCCUCAAGACCUCAGAAAACUCACAUCCCUACAGACGCUUACAUGUUUUGUAGCAGGUAGUGGCUCUGAUUGCAGUAAGGUUGGAGAGCUCGGGCAUUUAAAUCUUGGUGGUCAACUAGAGCUAAGUUCUCUAGAGAACGUCACCGAAAAAGAUGCAGCAGCGGCAAACCUCAUGGAGAAGAAGGAAAUAAGAGAGUUAACAUUAAAGUGGACCAGACGUCUUUAUUAUACAUCGAGUAAUGUGAAUGAUGCAAGAGUGCUGGAGAAACUAAAACCUCAUGAAGGGUUAUAUGCUAUAAGAAUACACUCAUAUGGAGCAACCACGUUUCCAAUGACGUUGGCUAGGUUGCCAAACAUUGGUGAGAUCCAUCUUUUCAACUGUUCACGAUUGAAAUGGUUGUUCAACCGUCACAAUGAUACAUCCUUUGCAUUCCCAAAUCUGAAGGAGCUUACACUAGAAGAUCUUGACAGUUUGGAGAGAUGGUGGGACACAGAUGAUGAUACGAUGCAAGGAGACGAGAUAAUGUUUCCUCUGCUUGAGAAGUUGUAUAUUACUGGUUGCGGAAAGUUGAAAAAACUGCCAGGACGUCCAACCUUCCCUAACCUUCAGAAUGCAAGUCUUCAUAGAUGUCAAGAGUUAACAACUACAGCUAAAUCACCAAAGCUCAGUGCGUUAAACAUGGAAGGACGUGAGGGCCAGUUGUUGCUGUGGGUAGCUAGACAUAAGACUUCAUUGACCAAUCUGGAACUGAGUAACAUUGAAGGCGGUGGCACGGAUGAGCAACAUUUGAUGGAAAAAACCAUGGCUGAGCAUACUCUAAGGGAAGUGCUGGACGGAAAGGAAAAAUGGAAUUAUCUUGAUUUUCCUCUAGCAGUAUUGGUGUUAAAAUACUUUAACUCAGAUGUGAUAGAGCUGUGUGCAUGUUUUGUACACCUUCAAGAUUUGUCAAUUUAUUGGUGCUUUGCGCUCGUAUACUGGCCAGAGAAAGAGUUUGAAGGAUUGGUAUCCUUGAGGAGGCUUCGGAUUGAUCGCUGCAGUGAACUGACUGGAUAUAGACAAGCUCCUGCUGAGUCAUCAACAUCGUCACAAACGAAACAGCUCCUGCCAGGUCUAGAGUCUCUGACGAUAUGGUGCUGUGGCAGCUUGGUUGAGGUCUUCAGCAUCCCUCCAUCUCUCAGGAGAAUGAAAAUUUCGGGGUGCAGUAAGCUUAAGUCUAACUUCGGCAGGAGGGUGCAGCAGGCACACUCAGCAUUGUCGAUUCAUCAUGGGUCAUCUAAUAUACAGGAAGUUUCAUCCUUAUCAUCGCCUGAAGCCUGGGUGGAGCACUUAGAAGAAUUAAAAUUAGAUAUGUGUGAUGGCUUAACAGGGGUUCUCCAUCUUUCCCCGUCCCUCAAGGAAAUAGACAUAAGGCGCUGUGAUGGGUUGACAUCUCUGGAAUCUUGCUCGGGAGAGCUCCCAUUGUUGGAGCUCCUUAAACUUCGUGACUGCAAUACCCUAUCAUCCCUACCGGAUGGGCCGCAAGCAUACUCAUCUCUCCAACGCCUUACCAUUACAGAAUGUCUUGGUAUGAAGACGCUCCCUACAAGCCUGCAGCAACGGCUGGGCAGCAUGCAGGAGGAAGACAUAGAUGCCCAUCAUUAUGGAAUUGAUGCUGAUGUGCCUAUCCCAAACCUGUUGAAACCGAAGACAUGGAAGUAUGCCAUCUCUAGAUAUUAGAGAAACACGGGAAUAACACUUUGGAACACAUACAGCCAGGGAAGGGAUCACUUGGAGUAGAGCUAUUCAUUUGCAAGACAGCCAGAUCCUGAAGUGUACGCCCACAGCCCCAAGACAUACUGAAGUUGUGAGAUCCGUAAUCA